UUGUGAGUUUAGUAUUUCAGUGAGUUCAUAUAAUUACAUAACCAACAAACAAGCAAGCGAAAAGCAUAAACGAAACAUGGCGGGGGAAGUAAUUGUUGAUGCUUUGCCGUACUACGACCAAGGUUAUGAUGAACCUGGUGUCAGAGAAGCGGCCUAUGCACUUGUUGACGAAGAAACUAGACGUUAUCGGCCAACAAAAAACUAUCUGGAGCACUUGCCUGUUGUUGAACACAUGCCCGUCGAGACAGAGGUGAUGAAGAUUGAAUUUGAAAGACUUGCUGCAAGACUACCAAUGGAAAUGCUUAGCAUGAAGAGAUAUGAAUUACCCCCACCCCCAUCCGGCAGGCAAAACGACAUCACAGCUUGGAAUGAGUGUGUGGAUAAUUCCAUGGCCCAACUGGAGCAUCAGUCUGCCAGAAUUGCAAACUUGGAAUUAAUGUCAAGGUAUGGAGCAAAUGCAUGGAAAUUACACAAUGAGAUUUUAGUCAAGGUGUUGGAUAGUGCUCAAAAGAUACAGCAAGCGUUGAGAAAACGGAUACAGGAGAUAAAUUGGAAAAGAAAAAAUGAUCAGAUAGUUGCUGGCAGAGAACUUAGGCAGCUAGAGGAAAGCUGGAUCUCACUUGUUGCCAAGAACUAUGAGAUUGAGAGAGUGUGCAUGGAACUGGAGCAAGAAGUGGAGGAACUGAAGGAUAAAGAACGCAAAUUACGGGGUAGAGGGCCUGUAACAGAAGAAGUUAAUGCCGAAUGAAGUUUGGAAAAGAUGACCUUACAUUUGAGAAAACCAGUCCCUGGCAGCCUACAUGUAAAUCUGCUGCUCUCUAUUGACUAACAUUGUUGCAGCUCCAGAGAGUUACACUAUCAAAAUACAUGUAUGUUGGACAUCAUUUUCAAUGGCGCCCUCAAUUUAACAUGAAAGUUUUGAGUGCAGCUUACCUGUAUGUUGAACCUCAUCGUUGCAGCGUAGAGUACAUGAGUUUCAACACCCUUUAGUGUAUUUGCUACAGGAAGCAGAGAGAACACAAGCAACGACCCAACUCUUCAGAAAUCUUGUUUUAAUAAGUAUCAUAAAAUGAACUAUGUCAUGAGCAACAUGAUGCAAAAUAUUAAAAAAGAAAUAUCUGUAGAAUUCUUUUAUGCAAAUGAUUACCACAUCCUGUGGCAGUAGAUUUGUUAAAUAUGUAAAAUAAUGCAACGAUUACAUUAAUUGAAAUAAAUGUUGAUGAAUGAAUGAAAGGGA